GGGUUGGAACAUCAGGUAUUAAUUUCAAUUCAAAAGCACAUGUUGAGUAUAUUAUGCUUAAUGGAUAUAGAAAAGAAAAUGAUACACUUAGAGUCCUUGGUAAUACCUGUCCAACUUUGAAAAAGCAAAAAUAUAA